AUGGACGGAGAAGACAUCGAAACCACUGAUGUGGUUAUUUGUGGGUGUGGUCCGACAGGGGCUUUGCUGGCUGUAUAUCUGGGGCAAAUGUCUAUUUCCAAUAUCAUCCUCGAGAAGGAGGCGGAUAUUACCACGGACCCUCGUGGAAUAGCACUGGACGAGGAUGGCAUUCGCUUACUGCAGGGAGCAGGUCUGUAUGACAGUAUCUACACAGAAAUCGGAACGUGCAUGUACAACUUCAAUUUCAUCAGCGGAACGCAAAAGGUCCUGGACGCGCCCCCAUUUCUCUCAAUGGAUUACGGUACUACAUCUGGCGGGACAGGGCAUGUCGGCUUUAUCUGCCACAAGCAGCCGACACUGGAGAAGAAGCUGCGGAAUAAACUAGAAGAUUGCCAUUUUGCUGAUCUCCGGACACAGUCAACUGUUAUCAAAAUCGAAGAGGACGCCAACUGGAGUUACUGCACUUAUACCGACGCCCAGGGCAAAGAGCGCCACCUUCGAGCCAGAUUUCUGGUAGGAGCAGACGGGAAAACAGGGUUCACUCGCAAGCACUACCUCGAACCCAGGGGGGUUCACAUGGAAAGGGUGCAUGACUGUUUUUACGAAGAGACAUGGGUUGCCCUGAACUGGCACAUCACUCCGCCAACUCCUAAAACCCACCCUGACUUCCCCCUAUGGCGGCUCGGAUACACUGCCGGUGAGGUAUACGAUCUUUUCUUUCCAGAGAACUUUCGAUUCCUCUGCAAUCCGGAGCGGCCGGCUGUGUGUGGGAGGUUUGGACUACCAGACGACCGACUCUGGAGGUUUGAAUUUGUGGUCCGCGAUGGAGAGGAUCCUAAAGAGAUGGCCGAGCGUGAGAUGAUCAAGAGCGUCGUAUUCCCUUAUAUUACACACCGGGGAGACAAAUACGGCCUGAGCCACGACGUUCAAUUUCCUGAAGACUGUAUCCAUGUAAUACGGUGCCGGCCCUUCAGGUUUUCUGCUCGCAGCUGCAAUGUCUGGGCAAAGGACCGCGUCAUCCUGUGCGGCGAUUCUGCGCACGUCUUUCCGCCUUUCGGCGGCCAGGGCAUCGCGUCGGGAUUCCGAGACGCCGCAUCCCUUGCCUGGCGUCUAGCACUACUAUGCCGAUACCACUCGCCCGAGUCAGAGUCCUAUAAAACUGUGCUGGAAUCGUGGUACCAAGAGCGAAAGCAGCAGCUGGACCAGUCUCUCGCGUCCACCAUCCGCAACGGACAAUUCGUAACGGAGGGGAGCCCUCUUAAAAUCUUUCAUCGGUCUUGGUACUACUGGCUUGUUCAAUUGGUUCCCAGCUGGAAGCGUGAGAUGCAGCUCGGCCGACGCAAGGAUGGCCUUGUCCGGUACAGAUAUCUGAACGGUAUGCCUUUCGUUCCAGAGCUUAAUGGUGGGUUAAACGUUCCCCAGGUGUACUGUCGUGACAUGAGCGGGCAGGUCCAUUUCACAGACGACAUUAUCUUCCCGAAUCGGGGCAAAGGGCUGUUUCGGAUGUUUGUAUACUUGAAUAACAGUGCCGAGAUUGCGGGAGCAAGAGAAGUCUUGGAUGAUGUCGAAGUUUGGUCCGAGGGCGAAAUCAUGGCUGAUCAGACUCCCCUCAUUCUCGAGGACAUAGAGAGGGAGGAUGUCCUCAUUACAGGGGAAAAUCCAGUAUAUCAAGUGGCUACCGCUGAGGACUUUGCUACAUCUCCUCUUUGCGCCCGUCGUCCGGCACCGGCCUGCUAUGAAAAACACCAGCUUGGGGACAUGACCGGGAACAAGUUCGUUAUUGUACGACCAGACCGCUUCAUAUUUGCUGCAUGUAGCGGCAGGGAUGACCUGAGGAGAGCCGUGGAUAGGAUGCUGGAAGUUUUACAGAUUAAACCUACUUAG